UCCGUGUGAAAGUUCAUGCUGUCAUAGCAAGAUGGCUGCCCCCUUGGAGUUGUUCUGCUGGAAAGGCGGUUGGGGAUUGCCCUCUGUUGAUACGGAGUGCCUAACAGUACUGGCCUAUGCCAAGUUUGCCGGUGCUCCUCUCAAAGUCCACAAGAUCGCCAAUCCCUGGAGAAGCCCUACAGGUUCUUUGCCUGCCCUGAAAACUCAAGAGGAAGGGAGCUUUUCCCAGCCCAGCAAGAUCAUCAUCCACCUGAAGAAGCAGAAAUAUAACGCAGACUAUGACUUAUCUGGCAAAGAAGGGGCUGACGCACUGGCCUUCAUCUCGCUGGUGGAGGAGAAGCUCCUGCCAGCAUUGGUCUACGCUCUGUGGGUGGACCCCAAAAACUAUGUGGACGUGACGCGGCGGUGGCAUGGCGAGAACAUCCCCUUCCCGCUGAACUUCUUCCUUCCCAGCCGCAUGCAGGGCAGGCAGUUGGACCGGCUUCGGCUGAUGAGGGGCGACUUGAGAUUGGAGCCUGGUGAUGAGACCGAGAAAGAGCUUUAUCGAGAAGCUCUGGAAUGUAUGAACCUCCUCUCUCAGCGCCUGGCUUCACAUACAUUUUUCUUUGGGGAUUCCCCCUCCUCUCUGGAUGCCUUUGUGUUUGGUCACUUGGCACCAUUGCUCAAGAUGAAGCUGCCCAACGCUAAGCUACAGCAGCACCUGAAGUCCAUGGACAACCUCUCCAACUUCUGUUCCAACAUCCUGACCCUCUAUUUUCCCAGCGAGGGGCAAGAUAGUCCUGGUCGCCAGUUCUCCAGCCAACCAGACAGCAGCGACUUUGACAACGAGCCCCAUAAGCGCCGCAACCAAGUGCUGUCGGUGUUGGUGGCCCUGGGUGCCAUGCUGAGCUACGCCCUACUGACGGGCAUCCUCUCCAUCCAGCAUGUGCGUCCACAGGGGGCCUUGGACAGCUCCGGGAGACAUGGGGUGGGCUCCCACGAAGAGGAGGACGACGACUAAGAAAGAGUUUAGAAUGUGCUGAAGAUCGAAAAUGGCACUAGGCUCUCGGGACCACGUGAAGGUGGGGGGGCCCAUGAAAUGAGCCCCCGGAGAUGUCAUGCAUUAACUUGUGCUAGAUGGACUGAAGAAUUUGAAGGACGUUUGCUAUUCAUCGUGUUUCCCCCUUGGCUAGUGAAGCCACGUGGUACUUCGGUGCACAGUAAUCAUAAGUGGGUCAGGGUGUUGGUCAUCGUUGUCUCCCAUUGUUGGCAAGUGUUUCCAGGGCUGCGUAUCUUGGUCAAGAGUCAUCUGGGUGGUCUCAGCUCAAAAUUGAUAAGUAAGCCUUCUGUCUUUAAGCUUUGUUUUUAAGCCAUAUGAAAUGCUUUGUUAGGUUUCUCGAGGGAUCAAGUAUGUGGGUUUCAGGUUAUUAAAAGCUGAACGACUGGA